AUGCAACUCAAGAGAGACCGAUCCAGUCAACAAUCCGGCGGCGGCGGCGGCGGCGGUAUUGGCAUCGCGGCGGAGCCAUCGGAAGGCGACCUCUCGGCGGACAGCUCACAGCUCGGCACCCCGCGCGCCCGGGGGCGUGUCGCGCGCGCGCGCGCCUCCAGCGGGGUUGGUAGCGCCGGCGCCGGCCCGUACGCUAGCAGCGCUGGGACGCCCCGGCGGUACGGCGGCGGCGGCAGCUUCGACGACGGCGAGAGCACCGCCGAUGAGUUGUACCACGGAGGGAGGGGAGAGGAGGCGGGGAACGACCAAGAAAAGAGGCGGCAGCAGCAGCAGCAGCAGCUCGAACCACCGUCCCUCACCGUCGGCACUGGAUUUUCACCCGGGCCCCGGUCGAGAACAACAACAUCUACACCACCAGCAGCAACAACAAGCGCAGCGGCGGGAACUACACCGCCGCCGGUAGCAGCCGUCCCAGUCACAGGAGCAGCGGGCCAGGAGGGAGUUUUUUCCACCGCCGCCGCCGCAGCCGCCGGGAGGGAUGCUUCCGCGGGCGAGGAAGAUGCGGUUCCGACUGCGGCAGCGGCGGCAGCAGCCACAACAGCAGCAGCGGAGGAAGCCGUCUCGACGCCGCCGCCGCCGCCGCCGCGAUCGCAACACUCGGAGCACCACCGCUACCUGCUGCGCGAAGCCACGGGGCUGGCGGCGGGCGGGGGGGGGGCUCCCGGGAAGGAGGACGGCAGCGUCUGGUCCGACAAGGGCACGGUCUCUUCCGCGGCUCCGUCCCCGCUGGGGCGCGGCGGUGGCCACGGAGUCAGCUACGGCGAUAACCGCGACAACGAUGACGUCGGCGGCGGCGCCAGCAGCACAAUCACCCCGCUGUCGCAGCGCCGCCCGCCGCCCCUAGAGGGCGGCUUCGUCGGAGGAGGAGGGACGCCGGGCGUGGUCGUCGUAGACGACGAUGACGAGGAGGAGGGGGGGGCGUCCGUCAAGGCGAGUGCCUCGCGCGUUGGCGUGACCCUGUUCCCGGGGACAACCCCCCCCGGGCAUCGUCACCGAGAGCAGCAGCAACAACAACUACCGCACCGGCGCCAGGAAAGCGGCGAUGUUGAUGCCGGGUCCGUUCCAAGCCCUCCGGACGCGGGCUAUUCUUCUUCGGCGUCGGUGGCGGCGGCGGCGGCCGCCGCCAGUGGUGGUCGGGAGCGGCGAGGUCUCGGCGGGCUGUUGGGGAUGGGCAGGGGGAACAAGGGGGCGGCGGGGAGGGGAAACAGGGACGGCGACGAGGAAGCGCUGAGGGCGGAGGCGGAGGACCUUCGGGCAGAGGUGGAGGAGCUCAGCCUAGAGCUGGAGGAUGCAGAGGACAGGUUGAGGGGGCAGGAGGCAGAGCUCAAGACCGGCGCGGAACAGCUCAAGAGGCAGAAAGUCGCGGCGGCGGAACGGCAGAGGACGAUGGAGGCGGAGAUGGAACAGUUCCGCGUGCUGCAGCUGGAGGAGAAGAAAGUUUUCCUCAACAACCUGGAGGCGGCAGAACAAAAACUGCAGGAAAAGGAGCGAGAUGCGGACGAAGCGCGGGCCGCGCUGUCCGCUUUGGAGGCGUUGGCUAUGGAGAGGGAGGACGCCGCUACGAGGCUCGCGACUGAGAAGGAGGAGCUCCUGGAGGAGCUCAAGGGGGCUCGUUCGGGCCAGGAUCGUUCCGCGGAAGAGGUGCGGGAGGCUUUGACUCGGGCAGAGGCGGACGCCGAAGAGGUGGAGGCGAGGCACCGGGCCUGGAUGCGGCAAGCGCAGGCGAGGCAGACGGAGCUAGAGGCCACCGCGGCGCAGCUUGCCGCAGCCCUGGCCGAGGCCAACCGGAAGAAACACCAGCCUGGCGCGGAGGAGGGCGGGGGGGAAGGAGAGGGGUCACCGCGUGGUGGUGGGACGCGCGGCGGCGUGCGAACGUCAGACCGAGAAUUCCGGGCCUUGGCCGACGAGCUGGACAGUUGUCAGGCGUCCCUAGAACUGGAGCAAGAGCGCACGCGGUCGUUGAAGCAGGAGGUGGACUUGCUGAAGCACGACCUGGACUCGGCCCGGGCUACGGAGGCCGUGGUCGAGAGGCAGCGUCAGGAGCACGCCAAGAUGGCCGCCGACUCCUUCGCCAAGGCAUCCCGUCUGGAGCAGCAGCUGCAGCAGGAGAGAGCUAGCGCCAAAAGGCUCGAAGCAUCGGUGCCAACCCCUGCGGGACCCGAGGCUCAGAUUCAAGCCCUGAGCUCCAAGCUGUUGGACAAGCAGGCGCGGCUGGAGGAGUCGGUGACGGAGCGAACGACCCUGGCGGCCAAGCUCAGGGAGGCCUCCGACCGCGCCUUCCGCGCCGAGCAGGAGCUGAGAGAGUCCAGGGGGGAGACCUUGGAGGCCGGCGGCGGCGGCGGCGGCGGCGGGGCGGCACGAGGAGGAGGAGGUGUUGGCGUGAUGAGGGCGAGACGGGGGCGGCAGGGCAGGGGUUCGCCUACGGCGGGGACGUGGUCGCGCUUGGGGCCCAUUGCCAAGCACAAGAAGAUCGCAUCCGCCGUCGACGUCCUCGACCGACAAACACUUAAGAUCGUGGUGUUCCUCCGCAACUCGUCCGUGGCCCGGGCGGCCUUCCUGGCGUACCUGCUGCUGCUGCACCUCUCGGCCUUCGCCCUCGUCGGCUUGCACUCGAGCACUCUCAACCCCAUCAAGCACCCGGCGGAGCAUUCGGGAAACAUUAACCAUGGCCAUUGAUUGAUCGAUACUUGGGGGGCAAAGGAGGGCUGCGGUUGGACGAAGGGUUUUCGUGCAGGGAGGACCGGGGCGGGAACUUUCGCUAUUGAUUUGGUUGCUGGUUUCUUUAUUGGUGCCAAGAGUCUGUUGGGGUGUUAAGCCACGCGUUGCUCUCGGUAAAAGUACGGAAGAGCAUAGGCAGGAGGAGAAAAACGAAGAAAACAAGAAAUGAGUUUAUCAUUCUUCCACAGCCCUGCUUUUUUUUUUGUUCUGUCUGAUGCACGGGCUGUUGGUAGGGAGAGAGGGGCAUGUGCGCGGCGUGGAAAAACCUCAUCCGUUUAUUGCGCCAAAUCGUCGACCUUGUGUACGGGUCGUGAACCUUCUUUGUCUGUCCACGACUCGUUUGGUAGCGAAUACUACCGGUCGUAUGGGACGGCCCUUAAGAGGUUGGGCGCGGAUCAUGGGUCGUGUUUGAUCUCGGUUGGUGCCGAUCAGCUCCAAGCACCCCUUUGGAAGCAACCCACGGCCGGUCAGACGAGCAGCGUUUCGACGCAUAACUGCUGUGUUUUGUUAUUCUUUGCUGGAGACGUUUCUUGGGG